GUCAAGAACGGUUGGUGUCAAUAAUAUAGGCGGGUUCUCUUACCUGUAGGGUUUCUCUGUGUCCGCCCACCACGAGAAUGUAGAUUCGCUCAUCCAAAGUAGCGUGGCUCCUCCUUCUCUCAAAUGAAAAGUAUAAAACUAUUUCCAAGAACCGCUUCACCUCAUUGUCUGUGUCCAAGACUCCGAGAACUGCACCAUGUUCGAACAGGUUGAAGCCGCACCACCCGCUCCCUCAGUCAAAGAUAGUCCAGCAGGGACAGAACAUCAUCGGACAUGUCGUCUGGAUAUCAACAAGCCGCAGCAUGUCCUGUAUGUUGUUGGCACUUCUUUGGAUGUGAGCAUCUACAGGAGUGCCCCUCCCAGCUCCAAGUCUUUUUCUGUAAAAUGCACUCCCCAGGUUAAAUACAGCAUCAGCCCACCAACUCCAGAAACCUCCCAUCAGUCUCAAAUUCCUCUUAACCGUAAUACCAGUCUUCUCAUCAGCAUGGACCGUGCUAGUGAAUUUGAAAAUGAAUCCAAGCUGUCAGUGCGCUAUUACAACGAGGACAGAUAUGCUGUUGGACUAGCAGUUCUGCAUUUAACAGCUGUUGAGAUUUCUCUGGAUGUGGAUGCUGACAGGGAUGGCAUUGUGGAGGAAAACAACCCCAAUAAGGGAUCAUGGAAGUGGGGUCCUAGUGGGUAUGGAGCCAUCCUUUUGGUCAACUGUGACUCAGAAUCAAAGUUCUGCAAAAAUGAGGACUACAACUCCAAGCAGGAGUUCAUCUUCAAUCUUUCAGAUCUUAAGGACAUGUCACCCAUGAAACUGCGAACUAGAGGUCCUUCUCGUCUCCCCAAGGGCUACAAACUGAUGAUGCACAUCUGUUUAGGAGAUUCAGAGAAAAUCCGUGUCUUUGGAUCCAAAUCUGGCAAUAAACAGGUUAACAAUGCAGAGAACAGCAGUUCUGUGAAAGACUAUCCAGUAGUUCUGGGCCCUGAGGUCCUUUCUCAGGAGGUGCCUUACCCUGGAGGCAAUGCAGAGAUGGACUUCCAUGUGGAAGGUCUCGAUUUUCCUGACAAAGACUUUGAUGGGCUCGUCACCAUUAAUCUCAGUCUGCUAAAGCCAAUUAGUGAUGCGGUUCCUGAGACUCCCAUUUUCACAGACAAAGUGAUGUUCAGAGUGGCCCCAUGGAUCAUGACACCCAACACCCUCCAGCCCGAGGAGGUGUUUGUCUGCCGCACAUUUGAUAACCAACAGUUCCUGAAAGAGAUAAAAGCCCUCACUUCAAAGAUCGGCUACAAGCUGAAUAUUUGUGAACCUGUCAUGAACAGAGGAGACCGCUGGAUCCAAGAUGAGUUAGAGUUUGGAUUUGUUGAUUCACCUCAUCAUCGGUUUCCUGUUGUUCUGGACUCCCCAAGAGACAGGGAACUCAAAAACUUUCCAUGUAAAGUACUACUGGGGCCUGACUUUGGCUACGUGACACGUGAACCUCAAAGUGAUGAAGUUAGCACUAUGGACUCGUUUGGAAAUCUGGAGGUGAGCCCCCCUGUCACUGUGAACGGAAAAAAAUACCCUCUGGGCAGAAUCAUCAUCGGGGUUGCUUUCCCAACGGCAAAAAAUGGACGAAACAUGACCAAAGUGGUUCAGGACUUCCUGUGGGCUCAGAGGGUCCAAAAGCCCAUCGCCUUGUUUUCUGACUGGCUUGUUGUUGGGCAUGUAGACGAGUUCAUGACUUUUGUACCUGCACCUGACAGAAAGGGCUUCCGGCUGCUACUGGCGAGCCCAGAUGCAGCCUACAAAUUAUUCAAAGACUUAAAGAACAAUGGACACGGACAAGCCAGGAUGUUUGAUGGGUUGCCUAAAGAACGACAAAUAACAGUGGAUGAAAUCCUUGGUGAUCGUGUUUUGGAAAGUCAUAAUAACUACGUUCAGAGCUGCAUCGACUGGAACAGAGAUGUAUUAAAGAAGGAACUGGGCCUGGAUGAUGAUGACAUCAUUGACCUGCCAAUUCUCUUUAAGUUGGAGGCGGAGGAAGGGUUCAGAGCUGGGGCACUUUAUCCUGACAUGGUCAACAUGAUUGUUCUGGGGAAAAACCUGGGCAUCCCCAAGCCGUUUGGCCCUAAAGUGAACGGACGCUGCGCACUGGAGACAGAGAUGUGUUCCCUGAUGGGGGGCCUGGGCCUCAACUGCACAUUCAUUGACGACUACUACUCUUACCACAAAAACCUUGGAGAGGUGCACUGUGGCUCCAACGUCCGCAGGAAACCCUUUCAUUUUAAGUGGUGGAAUAUGGAGCUUUGAAAAUUGAAAAUGAAAUGGAGGCUUUAUGAAAUAUCUCUCUCAGUUCUCCGUUUUGUUCUGACCAACACGUCUCUUUAUUUUCUUUGAAUUCUUGAGGAUUUUUCAGUUAUGAUGCAAAAGUAUUUUUUUUUCUUUUAAAAUGAGUUUCGAUCUGUAACAGCUUUUUAGAACUCUCUGAUGUUAAAGGAAACUAACAUCUUUUUCUAACAUAAUUUAACUAGAAAUAAACUGCCAGUGAAGUUUUGUAAUUAAAUAUCUAUCACCUGUAUUUACAGUCAAAAUGAAAAACAAUAUUAAAAAACACCUGAAAAAUAAAGGGCAAAAUACAAUCAUUUGGAUUGAGCAUAAAGAAGAUUUGUUCUCGGUGUUAAAUGCGGUUGCUGGCUGUACAGUGCAAAAUAAAGACUGGUUCCACAGUAUUGUGCAUUAACAAUAAAGAGCCACAAGAGGGCAGACUU